UGAGUAUUUGUCACCUGCUGUUUAAGAUUUAACAAGGGGAGACACACAGAAUUGCAACCAUGUCUGAAGCGCCUUCGAAACCAAAGUCAAAAAUCUCUGCCUCUCGCAGACUGUUCUUGAAGACCAAACUGCUACAGAAGGCCAUGAGUAUGCUGGAGAAUGAAAUGCAAGUCAGACAUGAUGAACGAGAGAGAAGCCUUGCUGAGAGAGUCCCAGCCCUCCAACUGUCAAGCAUGUCUUUGCAGGAACUACAGAGUCUUUGCAAGGGAUUACAACAGAAAAUUGAUCGGGUUGAUGAAGAGCGGUAUGACAUUUCUGUAAAAGUCAUGAAAAAUGAAAAGGAGAUAAAGGAGCUGUCUCAGAAGAUGGUUAAUUUGAAGGGCAAGCUGAAGAGACCAACCCUGAAGAAGGUGAAGUUGUCUACUGACGCCAUUCUGGGAGCUCUGCUGGGCCAUAAGGUCAAAGAGUCUGUGGACUUCAAGGCCAACCUCAAGACUGUGAAGAAAGAGGAGGAGAAGAAAGAGGAAGUGACAGACUGGCGUAAGAACGUGGAUGCCAUGUCUGGAAUGGAGGGCAGAAAGAAGCUGUUUGAUGCUGGGCAGUAGAUUUGAAAUGAAUAUCUUUGUUAAAAUGUUUACUGUUCUAUAACAGGUGGAACCACCGAAUCAUUUGACUUUUGUUCACUUUAUGAUGACAGUGAAAAUGAAAACCAGUAUAAUAAGUAGGUUCUGGCAAGUUCAUGUUUCAACUGUUUGUGAAAAUGGCAAUAAUGAACAUGUUUACUUUAUUAUACUUCUCAAGGACUACAUAUUGGUUUAUUUUCUUGCAAAAUGACAUAAUUCAAAGUGUAUUGUGAAAAACAUAUGUAUUAUAUAUAUAUUCAAGCAGAGUAAUGCUUUUGUAGUUUUUAGUAUCCAUAUGUAUUCAUGAACACAGCACCACUGUUGGAUGUCCAUAUCUGUGAUAUACAGUAAUAAACAGGUACUAAUCAGAGGAAAUGCAGACGGGUGUAUGUGCUAACAAGCAUGAAACUUUACACUUUGAUCCUGUUCCCUACAACAGCAUCUUCCGAAUCGUGGCAACAUAAAACAAGGAGAGCAUCAUGUGUUCUUGUGUUUUCCACAAAGACAUUCUGCCUGUUGGAUUGAGUAAGAGAAUGAAUACACUCUCCCUUGGGCAGCUAAUUUUGGCAGUCAAGUGUUCAUGAAGUCACUUCAAGGUGAGCAUCCUUGAAAAUGUAUGCGGAAUUGAAAUUCAGACAUUAUGAUGAGAAGCAAUGUUACGAAAUGUGCAUCAAAUAAUAAAGCGUAAUUGACAUUGC